AAUCAGAGACAACAUACGUACUGCGCAUUGAGGGCGCGCUCCGUUGUGGAAACGCUAGAUAGAUGAAGUUUUCACAAAUUUCGCGAGGGUAGGUCAGUGUUAAACAGGUCAAAAGUGCUCUUUGAGCUGGGAACAAUUGUAACAAAAGAUCGACGACAGACGCCAAAUCCUUACCACCACUAACUCCAGUAACUGCCAGACGUCAACCCUUUGCACGCAUAUUCCAUCUUGUCGUUGAAUAUUCCAAACAAUGUGCUUCUUGCUUCAUUAAUUCACUGAUUAUGGCCAUUCUUUCAUCAGUGCAAAUCUUUUGCCUCGUGAUUGCUUGUGGCUCUUGGGCUCAAGGAGCUUUAUGGGAGGAGUUGAGACCUCAGGCCAAUCCCUUCAAUCAAGCUAAAUAUGUGGAUGACCUUUUGGGUCGUCUGUUUAAAUCAGAAUCGUUUCCUUUUGACGUACACAUAGAACCCUAUUUGGCUGCCAACAAAAAGAAUGAGGUUCUCAUCCGAAGCUUGGACAAAGUCAAUGCCAAAAAUGAGACCGAGACGCGCAUCCAGAUCGUGGGGUCGAGUGGAGCGGCUGCAGCUUGGGGAAUUCAUUCUUAUAUCAAACAAGAACUAAAAGGAUACGUCACCUGGGACUCGCUUCAUCUUGAUUUACCCAAAACUCUACCCAAAGUGGAGAGAUAUCUGCGGUCGAAUAGCAAAUUUCAAUACUACGAAAAUGUUUGCACCUUUGGAUACACCUUCGCAUUCUGGAAUUGGACACAAUGGGAGUCUCACAUUGAUUGGAUGGCACUCAACGGGAUCAACCUUCCCUUGGCCUUCACCGCUCAAGAAGCUAUUUGGAGCAAGGUCUACAAAUCGUUCAACGUGUCUCAAGAGGGCUUGGACAACUUUUUCACCGGACCAGCUUUUCUUCCUUGGAAUCGAAUGGGAAAUCUAGACGGAUUUGGCGGGCCUUUAUCCGAGAAUUGGCACAACUUUACCAUUCACCUUCAGCAUCGAAUCCUGGAACGUAUGAGAGGAUUCGGGAUGAUCCCGAUCUUGCCAGCUUUCUCGGGACAUGUACCCAGAGCAUUGAUCGAGCUGCACCCCAAUGUGUCUCACUAUGAUUUACAAUGGCACGAUUUCAAGCCCACCAAGCUCCUAGAUCCCAGAACUGACCUCUACCAGAAGAUCUCGAAGAAAUUCCUUCAUGAGUAUGUGAAAGAAUUCGGAACCGACCAUGUCUACAGCUGCGAUCUGUUCAAUGAAAUGGAUCCUCCUAUCACAGAUGUUAGGGAAUUGGCACACAUUUCAAAAUCAGUGUACAAAGGAAUGUCUCAAGUGGAUUCAAAGGCAGUUUGGAUCAUGCAAGGCUGGAUGUUCACGAAUUCAUACUGGAAGAAUCGAGAGAUCAAAUACUUCUUAUCGGGGGUGGAGAAGGGCAGUCUGAUCAUUCUCGACCUGGAUUCCACCGAUAAAAGGUUCUUUAAACGUACGCGAUCCUACUUUGGUCAUCCUUUCAUAUUCAACAAUCUCUUCAACUUCGGCGGCAACAUCUUCAUGUACGGACGCAUCCAGGUUCUGAACGAAGAGCUUUUUGAAGCCUUGAACAUGCCCAACAGUUCCAUGAUUGGAUCUGGUCUGACUCCAGAGGGUUUGGCAGACAACCACUUGAACGUCGAUUUGUCCAUCGAACUUGCGUGGAGGCAUCAACCCGUGGAAAACUUGACCCUCUGGAUUUCAGAGUACAUGACACGAAGGUAUGGAGCCUACAAUCGAUACGCCGAUGAAGCCUGGAAUGUGAUUGGACAAACGGUUCUGAGUGCCAACAAAUCGUCCUUUCCCAUUGGGGGGACCUUUCUGACCACAUUGCCGUCCUUGAGAGAGGCUCCUCCACUUUCGUACAACAAAACUGAUCUCUAUUAUGCAUGGGAUCGAAUGAUGCUGGCCUCGCCGCAAUUGGGAAAAAAUCCUUCAUUCAGGUAUGAUCUCAUUGAUAUUACGCGCCAGAGCCUCGAGAACUUCCUCCCGCUUUACCACUCAAAAAUCGUCAAGUAUUUUCGCUGGAACGAUUGGUCUCGACUCAACAGAUAUUCCCAACGAUUUGAUCAAGUUCUAAGGGAUUUGGAUCAACUUUUGGGGACAGAUCCUCGGUUCAUGUUGGGUCCUUGGUUGGAACAAGCGAAGAGUUUGGGACAAAACGAAAUGGAGAAGAAACAAUACGAGUACAAUGCUCGAAAUCAGAUCACCCUCUGGGGUCCCAAUGGCGAGAUAAUGGAUUAUGCAGCCAAGCAAUGGUCCGGCUUGAUGUUCGAUUAUUACAUGACCAGAUGGAAUAUGUUUUGGGAUGCCCUUAAGGGAUCGAUCAAGGAAGUAGAAGAGUUCAACGAAAAUAAGUUCCAAGAGCGCUUCAAACAAAUUGUCGGAAUUCCGUUCGUUCAUGGACGAGAAACGUACCCAACCAAACCUCAAGAAGAUACAAUCAAAAUCGUAGAAUCGGUUUAUUCAAAAUGGAGGAACGAAAUCCGACCAUUCGUACCGGUCAACUCCACUGGAGACGACGAUGAGUAUUUCGAUAUGCCAGUCAGUUUUGACUGACUUACAUUUUAGUAAUUAUCUUAAUUUUGAAACGCUGCCAUGUUGCAAAUCUCUAGCGCAAUAUCCUCGCACAUCUUUCGAAUUUGUUCCUCUUUGGAGCACAACGGAUCGGUUUGAACAUCUGCAUUGUUGAAUUGUUUCGUCUUUUGUCUCUUCUCGUGGGUUAGAUGAUUGAUGAUGUCAUCUAAUUGUGCAAUGUUAUACUGAAAUAAAUCCUUGUGGUAACAAUGA